CUGAUUGCGCUCGAUGUGGCCUUGCACGCUUGUGCCACCGUGCUGACUGCUGACUGCUACUACACGUGCAGCAGCGCUUGCCGAAACGAAGGUGCGGGCGACGGGCGACGCGAUUAUCGCGGCAACAAACUGCGCUGCACUCCUCUCUAGCAGCAGCCACAGGCCGAUGCCAAUCAAUUCCGAGGGUGCCUCUGCCCUCGCUCCGGCGUGACCGCCUCGUACUUCUUCGAGCUCUUGAAAAAAGGGGGCCGCUCCUCGGCCGGGCCAAUGCUGUUACUGCUGCUCCAGGCGCUACUCGUCGCAUCGAUGCGCGUCGAACGAAUGCGCGGACCGCAUGCGACGUCGACGACGCGUCGCGCAGCACUCGCAAAUGCCGCAACGACGACGCGUCGCGCAGCCCUUGCGACCGCCGUGGCACUCGCCACAACGCGACGAAGCAACGCGUUGCAGUUAGAGGGCGAGUAUGCGGACCCGAACCACGUCAAUGGCUGGCGCAAAAUAAAGGUCACUGGCGACCGCGCCCGCAUCACCGGCCAGGACGACCCCGGGGGCCCCGUCUGGUCGAUCAAAGGGCUAGCGACGGACUCGACGAUCGCGUUGCUCGUCGAGCCAGGCUCAGUGCAGCCGCCCGCGGGCACGACGAUGGAAUCGGUCGACGACGUCAUCGUGCCGGUUUUCCGCGGCGACAUCGUGGCCGACGGCAUCAAAUGGCCGGACGGCAACAAAUGGCAACGACGGUAA